GAAGGUGUGUGUAUAAAUACUGAGAGCAGGUGAACACAUAGCCCACUCUCUAAAGGGAGCAAAAGAGCCUAUUCUUCUCCUCUACUAAGACCUCAGCUCAGUGAGUGAAGAUGUGUGAUGAGGAAGAAACCACUGCUUUGGUGUGUGAUAACGGCUCUGGAUUGGUUAAGGCUGGAUUUGCUGGUGAUGAUGCUCCCAGAGCCGUCUUCCCCUCCAUCGUUGGCAGGCCUCGUCAUCAGGGUGUGAUGGUGGGUAUGGGUCAGAAGGACAGCUAUGUAGGAGAUGAAGCUCAAAGCAAAAGAGGCAUUCUGACCCUCAAAUACCCUGUUGAGCAUGGUAUCAUCACCAACUGGGAUGACAUGGAGAAGAUUUGGCAUCACACUUUCUACAAUGAGCUGCGAGUGGCUCCUGAGGAGCAUCCAGUCCUGCUGACUGAAGCUCCUCUCAACCCCAAAGCCAACAGAGAGAAGAUGACACAGAUCAUGUUUGAGACCUUUAAUGUCCCUGCCAUGUACGUGGCCAUUCAGGCUGUGCUGUCACUAUACGCAUCUGGCCGUACCACUGGGAUCGUGCUGGAUGCUGGUGAUGGUGUGACCCACAAUGUGCCUGUGUAUGAGGGUUACGCUCUUCCUCAUGCCAUCAUGAGGCUUGAUUUAGCCGGUCGAGAUCUGACAGAUUACCUGAUGAAGAUUCUUACUGAGAGAGGAUACAGCUUCGUCACUACAGCUGAGCGUGAGAUCGUGAGGGACAUUAAGGAAAAGCUGUGCUAUGUUGCUCUGGACUUUGAGAAUGAGAUGGCCACUGCUGCUUCUUCUUCUUCUCUGGAAAAAUCAUACGAGCUCCCCGAUGGGCAGGUCAUCACCAUCGGCAACGAGCGUUUCCGCUGCCCAGAGACACUCUUCCAGCCUUCUUUCAUUGGCAUGGAGUCGGCUGGUAUCCAUGAAACCACAUACAACGGCAUAAUGAAGUGUGACAUCGACAUCCGUAAAGACCUUUACGCCAAUAAUGUGCUGUCUGGAGGCACCACCAUGUACCCAGGUAUUGGAGACAGGAUGCAGAAAGAGAUCACGGCUUUAGCUCCCAGCACCAUGAAGAUCAAGAUGAUUGCUCCUCCUGAGCGUAAAUACUCAGUCUGGAUUGGAGGCUCCAUCUUGGCUUCUCUGUCCACAUUCCAACAGAUGUGGAUCAGCAAGGAUGAGUAUGAAGAGGCAGGACCUUCCAUUGUCCACAGGAAGUGCUUCUAAACCCACACCGAGGCAUGCGCACACUUCCACUCAUGCACACAAUUCUCGCAUACCUCAGCUCAUGCCCUCAUGAGGAUCUGUAAAUACACUCUCCAUAGUGUGGUUUCCAGCCUCCUGUUUUUAUGCAAAUUUUUUUAAUUACAAAAAGCACUUCAUUUUUGUGAAAUAUUUGGAUUAUAACUCCCUCCUUUCCCUGUUUCAGCAGUGCACUGAUUAAAUCUAAACUCACAACAUGACUGUGAUUUACUUUUUGAUUUGAUUUCAUGUUUUAUUUGAAUUUGAAUUCAAUUGCAGUAAAUUUUGGUACAAAUCCGCAGUUUAUGGUUUUGGUAUUUUUUUGUAUUGGUAAAAGACAGCACACCUUACAGUUUUCAUGACAACGAGCAUACCUACCCCGAUCAGGCAUUGCAUUAUAAGCAGUGACAGGUGAAGUGAAUAACACUGAUGAUCUUCUCAUCAUGGCACCUGUUAGUGGGUGGGAUAUAUUAGGCAGCAAGUCAACAUUUUGUCCUCAAAGUUGAUGUGUUACAAGCAGGAAAAAUGGACAAGUGUAAAGAUUUGAGCGAGUUUCACAAGGGCCAAAUUGUGAUGGCUAGACGACUGGAUCAGGUCAUCUCCAGAACUGCAGCUCUUGUGAGGUGUUGCCCAUUUUUCCUGCUUUUAACACAGCAACUUUGAGGACAAAAUGUUUACUUGCUGCCUAAUAUUUUUUAGUUUUUUACUUUUGUAGUAUCUUUUGAUGUAUUAGCUCUGGAACUUGAGCUUCUUGAUAUCAUCAGGGGCGGACUUAGUGAUUUGGGGGCCCUAAGCGAUUCCAGGUAUGGGAAUCUUGCGCAUGUGCAGAACGAUAGGAACGUUCCACUAUUCAUGAAUCAUGGGGGGGGCGCAUUUGAAAAGAUGUAAUAAAAACAUUAAAAUCUUAAUGGUUAUAGACAGACCAUACAAUAUAUGAUAGAAAAGUAAUAAGUACUAUAUGAUUUAUAUAGGCUUCUUGGUAUUGGUCAGGGCCCUAAUCAGCUGCUUAUUACCUCGCUUACUGGUUAAGUCCGCCCUUGGAUAUCAUAUCUGGUUUCCAUUUGAGAUCUCUACAAAAAAUUAGAGAUGAUUUUAGGAACAUUAUAUAUUUAAAGUAAUGUGGUUCACCAUGUGGUUGAGCACUUGUUGAAGGAGCUGAAUAGCUAGCCAGUACCUACUGGUUAAUUAAAGCUCCUUCUAAUCAAGAUACCAGUCACAGAUACAUCAAUUUUAAAAUUUCAGCUUCCAGCACAAUAAUGACUCAAAGCACAAACUCAAAGCGACAAAGCGAUGGCUUCAGAGGAAGAAGAUCAACAUUUUGAAAUGUUUCUGCUACUCAUUGGUUAAGACCGAGCCCUUAAUAUUCAGGGGAGGGGGCCCUCUGCUGGUGUUGGGGUGAAUUGUUCCUAAUAGAUGUAACGUAUGAAUACAACACACCCAUCUCCUCUGUCUUUUUCUCUUUCUCUCCUUCUAAUAGUUUUAAAACAAUAAAAUCUAAAAUUUUAGCCA